AGCCCAGCCGGGUGGCCCCGCACACGCACAGCUCCCCUGCACCAUGCCCAAGGCCAGCAGCGCGCUCCUCCUCGCGGGGCUCCUGGUUCUCUGGGCAGAGCUGCUGCCAGCAUCCGUCCUGAAUGUCACGAUAAAAGCCGGCGUGUGCCCGGAGCCAGCAGCAGAAGAAGCGAACUGCACGAUGGGGUGCCAGUCCGAUGGCGACUGCGAGAGCACCCUCAAGUGCUGCCCGGCGGCCUGUGGCAAGGCCUGCCAGGAGCCCAACGAGAAACCUGGCACCUGCCCGUCCGUGAAGCCAGGGAUCCCGAUGCUGGGACUCUGCAUUAACCAGUGCAAGAUGGACUCCAACUGCUCUGGGAGCCUGAAGUGCUGCAGGAAUGGCUGCGGGAAGGUCUCCUGUGUGACUCCACUGCACUGAGGUCAGUCAGCACCCACCCAGCCCUGGGCGCC